CAUUCGAUGGCCUUGACCUUUGGAAAUAUGGCAGCCACCGGUACACGUUCUCGAUGUGGAUGCUUUAGACUUUUUAUGGUGUCUGUAUGGUUAUUUUGCUUCUAUUUUGCUAUCGUGUUGGCACAUGGGCAUGGACACAGUCAUGAUCACGGCCACGACGAGCCGGUGUCUUUCAGAUAUAGCAAAGAGGCAAACGAAGCAGCUGGCAAAGAGGAACAUGGACAUGGUCACGCUCAUGGGGGACACGGUCACGCUCAUGGGGGACACGGGCACUCUCACGAGGGGCAUGGUCAUUCUCAUGGAGGGCAUGGUCAUUCACACGAAGGUCAUGGUCACUCACAUGGUGGAGGAUGCGGCCAUGAUCAUGGCCAUUCCCAUGGUCAUGUUCACAGCCAUGGACAGCCAUCUGGCAAGUCUGAAUACUCUGUGGACAACAUGGACUCAGUUUGGGAACAUGGAGAUCCAAACAAAUCGCCACUGAGAGAGGUUGAUGCAUGGUUGUGUUUUCAAGCUUUAGCAGCCACACUGUUCAUUAGUGUAUCUCCUAUCGUUAUCUUGCUAUUCGUUCCUAUUGAAAAUGCCAAUGACCCCAAACAUCAGGACUUACUAAAGAUUUUGUUAAGUUUUGCUUCUGGGGGGCUACUUGGUGAUGCAUUUCUUCAUCUGAUUCCUCAUGCAGUCUCACCUCACAGUCACGGAGGGGAGGAGCACAGUCAUUCUCAUUCACACAGCCACAGUCAUGGGGAACAUGAUCAUUCGCACGAUAUGUCUGUGGGAUUGUGGGUGUUGGCUGGAAUAGUCGCAUUCUUGUGUGUGGAAAAGUUUGUGAGAAUUGUGAAAGGAGGGCAUGGUCACAGCCAUUCACAUGGUCACAGUCAUAGUGAGGGGGCCAAGAAAGAGGAUAAAAAAGAUGACAAGAAAUCAGAAGAGACCAAAAAGGACAAAAAAGAUGAAGAAAAGACAGAAAAAGAGCAAAGUGAUAAAGGAACUGACGAGACAGAUAAAGAGUCAAAGUCAGAGGAGAAGAGUGAUUCAGAGGAGAAAAGCAAAGAGAAAAAGACAGAUUUAGAAAAAGAGGAGAGUAAAAAAAAAGACAAAGAAAAGAAGGAUGAUAAAAGUUCAACAGAAGUUGUUGAAGAGGAAAUAAAAGUAGCUGGGUACCUGAAUCUAGCUGCUGACUUUGCCCACAAUUUCACAGAUGGUCUUGCCAUUGGUGCCUCCUUCCUUGUGGGACAAGGACUUGGUAUCAUCACCACGGCAACAGUGUUCUUACAUGAGAUUCCACAUGAGAUUGGGGACUUUGCUAUCUUAGUUCAAUCUGGAUGUACCAAGGGCAAGGCCAUGAAGCUACAGUUCACUACUGCCAUUGGAGCUAUGAUGGGUACAGUAUGCAGCCUAAUGGCCCAGGGUAUAGGGGAUGCUGCCACAGCUUGGAUUCUCCCUUUCACUGCUGGAGGAUUUAUUUACAUCGCUACUGUCUCUGUCAUUCCUGAGCUUCUUGCAGACACUAAACUUGGACAGUCUGUGAAAGAAAUAGCCGCCCUCUUGGUGGGGGUCUACAUGAUGGUUGUUAUAGGACAAUUUGAGUAAAUAGAUGGAGAUGUAAAGAUCAGAACUUAAUUUUUAAAACAAGAAUAUACACAUUUUACCUUCUAUUUAUUUUUUUUUUAAAUUAUAUUUUGAACUUGAUAUUCCAUCAUAUCUUGAAGCUUAAAUGUAGUUAAUUUGUAGUUGCAGCUUUUUUUGUUCACAGUUAUAGUCAUAUGGACAAUAAUUUUGGAUGAUUGAACUGCAGCUCCUUAUCACAUGAUGUUUCAUUCUAUACCAAUAUUUAAUUUACCUCUAUUAUGGAUAUCAGCUGUAAUUUCAGUUAGUUCCUAUGAUGUCUAUAAGCUGUAUUUAAACAUUUUGAACAAGUUAACUGCCAAAAUGACAUGUACUUUUUGUUGUAUAGUUCCAAGAAAUAACUUUAAGCACAGAGAUGAAAUAAAUUAUAUGGUCCAAGUGUAAUUGUUAUAAAAUGAAUGCAGGUGCUCUUGGGUGAAAUUAUUUUCUGUAUUUGCAUGUAUUUUUCUCAAUGUCUAGUCAAUAAGGUCAUGUUCUGAGAGUACAGUACAAGCUAAAGUUGUGAGAUUUCUAAGAAAAUAUGUUUGUUUUCUUCUGCAGUUUAGAAGAAAAAUAAUUUCAUGAAUGCUGAAUGAAGUAUGCAAUAUUAACUUUAAUUACUGAGGAGAAUGUGCAUAUACUAUCAAAAAAAAGUUAAUUAUUAAACUCAGUGGUUGUUAUUAUUUAUUUUUUUUUAAGAUGAAAUUGCCAAAAAUAAAAUCACAAAAUAUUCAUAUACAUUUAUCAGAAAACUGAAAGCUACAUUGAAAGGGCAAAAUCACAAAAAAUUGAGCCACAGAGUAGUUACUAUGUUUCCUAAUUUUAUGAGAUCAUUAAAGACCAGUAUUACUAGUACAUGUAUAAAGAUAUUAUCAUAUUAAUACAUGUACUCAAUAAAUUUCUCACUUUGCGCAUCCCAAAAUUGGAAAAGUUAAGUGUUAAUCUGAUAGAAAAUAUAUUUGAAAAUGUGUUUUGUUUAUAAAAAUUUGAUGAUAAAUAUGAAGAUGUGUUCAAAUGUAUUUGAAUACUACAAAUAUUCUAGGAAUUUUGGGAUGAGUGAGGUGUCAUUUCCUUCUUUGAGAUGUUCAUUGGAACAUGAAACAAUACUGAAGGCAACAUUGGUACUUUCUCAACACCAAAAUUGAUAAAAGUGUAGAUGUUGACCAUGUUGUGAGUGUAUGUUUGUGCAUAUCUAACAAAGCAAAACUUAACAUUUACGUCUCAGUGUUAUUUUGGUUUAAGUUUGUGAAAUUGAAAUAAUUAGUGAGCAUCAUUGCAUUACCGGUAACUGUUUAAUUUGAUCUUUUUUUUCUUUUUGCAAAAGUGAGUGUGAUUGUCAGUAAAUUGGAUGGAAAAUGUGUAUUUAUGAAAAGGUGGUAAAAAAUUCCUAUGCUUUAAAUGUGAGAAAGUUAAAGAAAAUGUCAUUAUUGUUUAUAAUAAAACUGGUGACAAGUCAAAA